GGCGGGGAAGAUGGUCAGCGCCGCCGAAGCCGCGCUGCUCGCGUUCGGAAUGUUAUCGGCAGUGUGCCAAGCCUUGGAGAACACGACGUCUGUCUUCAGUGCUCCCCCAGUGGCUGCGGCUGUAAGGUCUCAUUUUGACAAAUGUCCAGAUGGCCAUGCUAAGUUUUGCUUCCAUGGCACCUGCAGAUACUUGGUACAGGAAGAAAAACCCACCUGCGUUUGCUAUUCGGGGUUUGUCGGGUCGCGCUGUGAGCACGUGGACCUCCUCGCCGUGGUCGCGGCCAACCACAAGAAGCAGACGCUAACCUUGGUGGUGGUGGUCUCCGUGAUCGCGUCUGUGGCACUUAUCGUGGUCUGCGUCCUCAUAUUCUGCUGUGGCACAAGGCAACAUUGUGAGUGGUGCAGAACCAUCCCUUGCAGACAGGAAAAGCCCAACGGGCUCCUGAAGGGGGGGACCUCCUGCUGCAGCUCGGAAACAGUUGUCUGACCGAGGCCAAAUCCGCCGAGAUACGUAAGCUGCACGCCCAGGGGCCCCCUGCAGCAGAGGCCUGGAACAUCCGAGGAAGACGUAGCACAGACUGAGACGCGGCACGUGGCCAUUUUGACAAGCGGAGGCACGCCACGCCGUUCUGGGUAUUCGGUGAUAUCCUCCGUUUAUACAUUGAGCUUCUGGAACCUCGCCAAAGGGAAGGCAAUGGCUACUUGGCUUAAUCUAUCUACGGAAAUCAGGAGAACCGAGAAAUUGCAAAGGCCUCAUGCAGUAAAAUAAAAAUUUGAAAAGUGCAUAUGGGACAGCUUCGUGUUUACGUAACUACAAGAAACGGACGUAGAAGGGGUGGUGUGCACAAGGAAAGGAAUAAUUGUGCCGUUCAGGCGGAACUUGUCUUGUUUCCCCCAAAUCUUCCUUGUUGCUUGAGGCUUCAUAAUGUCUCCUAAAGGGCAGACCUUCGGUUCGUGCAUUAGUUGCAGUCCCGGCUCCAAAGGAAGGACGCGUGGUGCCCAUCAUUCAGGGAGAAGAAAGCCCUCCGUUGGUCUGCAAGAUCUUCUGUUUGCUUCCCAAGACAUGAAGAUGAAGUUGCCCAAGGACCCCCACGGAACUACCAAAAUUUAACAUUUCGGUGUCUUCAGUACUCCGAAGUACUUCAGUACUUCUCUUAGAAAAAGAGAAUUCAGCAGGACUAGAACAGUGAGGACAGCAAAAUAACUUAGCACCGUUUCUCUUCAUGAGUCCCCACUUGUGCAUGCAAAUUAAAAAUUUCCUUAGACAUCCUUUUUUUCUCCCUCUUCAGUUUUGGGUGACUGGGUGAAAAAGUAACUCCAUUGUUUCAUUUUCCCAAAGGAUUAUUAUUAAGAGGGAUUUUGGUGCAGGUACCACUGUGUUUGCUUUCUUUUGGGCACCUGGCUUGAAAACCCCCUGAAGUAAACAGGUCUCCUUCUUAAAUUAGUCUGAGAUGGGAUUCUCCAGUGUCGUCCUUCCGUGACUCAAGUGCUUUUAGGGUUUUCCAAACAGGCUGCGAGGACUUAAUGUACCUAGUUGUGCCGUGAUCAUCCCUUCUCAUAUGAUAAGUUAGGACACUGGCGUGCUUUUAUCAGGCACUUGUGUGUCUGGAAGCUAAGACCCAGAAUGGUGGCACAAGUGCACAGAUCUUUCUCUGGCGAAGGUUUUGCAAUCCUGAGGCAGGUUUCCAAAGACGGGAGUUACCUGUGGAAGGACUGUUGUGUUCCUGUACUUGUGGUGUGAGACGAGGAUGGAAGCCUGGGCGUUUUGGAUCCGCUGAGCCCUGGAAUGGGAAGGGCAGAAUGCAACGCAACGUCUUGGGUGCCGGUGGGCUGCCGCGUGUGCAACCGCUGGUGUGCGGAGAGGAGGACACUGGCGUUUUCGGCUGAACUUGAUGUUGGCCAUUGUUGGUGUUGUCUAAGCCACGAUCUCCUGCGCUACGUGGACGAACACACUCGGCUCUUAAUGUAAAAGUAGCUAAUAGUGCGAUUGUCGAGAAAUCCUAAAUUCUUUGUUCAAAAGCCACUCUGCUCUUUCUCAAUUGGCGCAUGGUUGUACCUCAAGUCUAAACCUCUGUUAUGAAAGGUUGGCUUCUCCUGCCCUUCCUUUGGGGAUGGAAGAAAGAAAAUGCCGUCUGUUUCCCCUUAAAAUCCAUAGAAUUCCACGUUUGGCCCCUUUAUGAGCUGCAUUUCCCUGCUAUAUCUUGCUCAGCACAUUGGCUGAAGCUCAGCUUAAGUCAUGAAUCCUGCAUGACGUGGGGUUUUUUAAAGGCCAGAUUUGGCUUGAAUUGGGCCGUCCUCCUCGGGAGUCCUCGCGCCACUUUUGACGUGCAGUCCCUUCUGUUUCUUCGCCUCUGACUUUCUUCAGGAGGAAAACUGUUCUCCCGGGGAAAAAAGCAAACCGGAUUUUUGAUCUUGCUCCCUGCCCUCGUUUUCUGCCCUAGCAGUGAUUUUUAAACUGGGUCCUCCAGCUUGGCCAUGGCAGCCCCCCCCCCCCGCCCCCAUUUCCGCCCUGUUCUCUUAAGGAGCUGCCCGUGCCAUUAAGCAGCCACAGCCCUCCGCCAGGUGCUCCAAACUGCACAGGCCUGAGGAAUGUGCUGCCCUGAGCGGCUUGUGGUCCAUGCCGGGUAGUAUUAAAGCAUCGGGAUGCUGAACUGGCCGUUGCAGGAUGGGACCCCGUUGUUGCCUUUUAUGUGGAGAGGGGAGGGAGGGACAGGCAGGCUGCGGCAUCGCCAGAGUGUUGGCUUGCAAGUUAUAAAGAGGGCCAGAUUCGCUUUUCUUGGAAUUCUGCCCCCGAAGGCUCUGGGGACACUGGGCACGGCCGUCCAAGCAUUUGCUGCCUGGUCUCAUAUCACCUGCGUCCCCCCAGCAGUUUGGGUUCUUCGCUUGCAACCGACUCGAGCAAUAGAGGAUUUAAAAAAACCAACACGCGGGUCUGUGUGAAACGGCCAGUGACACGCUUCUGAUGUGACUCUCGUGGGCUGUGCCAAUGUUCCACACUAGACACCUCUUUGAUUGGUAUAAAAUAAACUUCACUCCUCGAUGCCCCUCCCAGCUCUUGAGGACUUCGCCUUGCAUUGCUAACAGUCUUUCCCUGUUUUUUCAUAGUUCAGUUUACUGUUCAUAACCAACCUGAAGUUCAGUUUUAGUCAAAGCUACACUUGUUUCUUCUGUAUAUGUUGCACUGAAGGUUAAUAUUUAAUGUUUUAAUUUAUUGUGUGGUUAAAUUAAUUUGAUUUAUAAAAAUGUUUAUGUGAUUGACUGUUAUUACUUCCUUAAUGAGUGAAAUACACUUUUUCAUAAUAC